AUGACAUCUUCCGACGUUCGCGACGUGCUCAACCUCCCCGAUGGCGCUGCCGGUGGCCCUCGUCCCUCCAAGAAGCAAAAGGUCACCGCACCGCGCCCCAACCUCAAGGGCCUCGCGCGCGAGGUGCACAAUCUAGGCGGCGACAACCCCAUUGCCAUUGUUCCAGAGGUCACGCAGUUCAAGAAGCGCCGGUUCGUCAGUCGCAAGCCGGCCGCCCGAUGGGAGCUGCGGCAGUUUACGAAUUCUGGAAGGAAAGAUGCGAGUCUAGUGUUGAGGCACUGGAGAAGGGCCGAAGAAGGGAAGGAGUCAUCUUCAGCGGCAGGGGAAGGCAAUGUGCCCGGAUCUAAGGAGGAAGAGGAUAUCGAAGAUUCGUUGUAUGCAAAGUACAAUGUUCAGGUCUCUGUGCCUCAGUACAAUGACGAUCAGUAUCAUCAAGUCCUGGAGAAUCCCGACUGGACCAAGGAAGAGACCGAUUACUUGAUGGAGCUGGUGCGAGACUUUGAUAUCAGAUGGCCCCUUAUAUGGGAUCGCUAUGAAUGGAGCCCGCCAGCUACUAAUGGAGAGGCUGACGCCGAUGGCGACGAGAGUAAGGCCAUCGUGCCAGCUACGCGGUCUCGGUCGAUGGAGGACCUCAAGGCGAGAUACUACGAAGUGGCGUCCAGAAUGAUGGCCGUCCAGAAGCCAGUUCAAUAUAUGACACAGCCCGAGUUUGCGCUGCAUGAGUUGAUGGCACAUUUCAAUCCCCAGCAGGAAAAGCUGCGCAAGGACUUUGCGCUCAACUCCUUUGGAAGGUCCCGCGAAGAGGCUCGCGAGGAAGAAUCGCUAUUACUGGAAAUUAAGCGAAUCUUGGCUCGAAGUGACAGGUUUAACGAAGAACGGAGAGAGUUAUACAACCGCCUCGACUAUCCCCAUGCGGAGCAAGAUAUCAACACUUUCAAGUCAUCGGCUGGUUUACAGACGCUACUCCAAAACUUGAUGACGGCCGAUAAAUCCAAGAAGCGAAAGUCUAUUAUGGGCGCUGAAGUGCCUACGCCCACGGGACAACCCACGCCGCAGCAGGCAGCUCCAGAGAACGGAAGACGCGAUAGCGCUGCGGCUUCUUCUGGACCGCGGGAGUCGAAUGCAUCAACAGCGGCGUCCUCUGCACACAAGAAAUCACAGUCGCAAACACAGCAACAGCUACAGCAGCAGCAACAGGCUCAGCAGCAGCAGCAGCAACAGUCACAGCAGCAACAGCUGCAGGAGCGCAAGAAACUUACCGAACACGAGGAGAUCAUCUACGGUGUCACACAUCACGAUCGUCUGGGUUCCGGCCCUACAUUCCGGACAGAAAAGAUCAACAAGCUGUUCUCUCACAAAUCCAACCAGCAGCAGCUGCGUAUUACCAACACGCUUAACGAGCUAGAUGUUCCGGCCAAGCUGGCUAUGCCUACAGCGGCGACAACUCAUGCGUUCGAGCAACUCUUGGCAUCUGUGAAUAGCCUUCUUGAUGCUCGCAAGAUAACAGACAAGAUUGACGCAGAGAUUAAGCUGGAACUGGCCAAGAAGGCAGAACGGGAAAAGGCUUCGGGCAAUCAAGAAGCCGAAAAAUCCGAAGACGCUGACGGUGAUGAUGCCAAAGACGAGUUGGCAGACGAAGACGACGCGGACGAAGGGAAAGAGGGUCGUCAGGAUGGCGGUGUUGCUGCGCGCAAGCGAAGCGCUAGUGUGAUGAGUUCUGUGAGCGACAAGAGCGCAAAGAGGCAGAAGAAAUGA